GUGAAAAGUGAAAAUGCUUGUGCACUUUGAUUGAAAACAGUUGCAAGAGGAGCGCGCGCGGGCAUACAUUCGUUUGGCAGCAGCGUGGCGUACAAAUAUUAUGCUAAAAAGCAUCAACCCCGCCGCCGUUAAAUAUGCAGAAAACAACUACAACAACGCCAGCAGCAGCAGCAGCAGGAACAGGAGCAGCAGCAUCGCCAUCAGCAGCGGAAACAGCAGAUAGCGUCGCGUCAAUGGCGGCGACACCUUCAUCAUCGUCAUCAUUAACAGCAGCUUCCGCAUCCCAGCAUUCCAGCAACAAUAGCAGCGAACGUGGCAGCGACUCCAUCAUUGACUCCAGCGGUCCAACGCAAAAGGAAGAUGAGCAGGAAACAACGAUUAGCACGAAGCACGAACCGAAGUCGGAACAGUCAAUGGCUAUACAUUACUUAGCUAGUUUCCAUGAGAUUUGUGUGGUAACAGCAUUGCUGCCAUUAGUGACGCUCUUCACAUGCUUUGUGACCGCCUAUGUCUUCCAGUACGACGACGUACACGAGACACAUUGCCGGGUGUAUAAUAUUGUGCCGUCGAUAAGUGCAAUUACGGGCGUCAGUCCACAGCGUUAUUUCUGGCGUUUCAGCAUUGCGCUGCACAUCGGACCGCGCAUACCAAUUGCCUUUGUCUACAAGAACUAUUAUCGCGCCCAGUUGGCGCGUCUUGCUCCAUCGCUGGUGCCAAAGACCAGUUGGUUAAUCACACUCAUUCUCGUGCUCAACUGCAUCGAGAUUGCGGCCCUCGGUGGCGUCACCUAUAUAUCAAAUCGCGAGAACUAUCCUGUACACGAAAGAAUCUUCAUCACGUUUAUGAUAUGCUCACUGUGCUAUAUGCUGGCCACCAUUAAGCUGAAUGGCAUCUUGAAUGCACGACAAACGUUGACCGAGCAGCAGCGUUUAUCCAUCAAGUGGAAGAAAAUACUUUUCGUUGUCUCCAUACUGAGCACCAUCGGUUUACUCGUCUUCUUUGCCAAACAUCGUUUUUACUGUCACGAUUUGGCCUUCAGUUGGUUUGCGUUCUUCGAGUACUUGAUCGCCAUUGCCAACAUGCUGUUCCAUUUCACCAUCAUCUGGGACUUCCCAUCACAGUUCAUGGUGAUUGUGCAAGGACCGCGCGAGAAUCUGUUGCAGUAUUUGGGCGCCAAGCCGAAACUCAACUAAGCUGCCGCUAAUCUUCGUUCGGCACAUUCAACUUCCCUUUUGACUCUCCCAUUUUUUUUUUGUCUCUGUUCCUACAAAAUUAUUCGUUAUACUGAUUUUCGUGUUGUAAUUGUAUGGUAUAUAUAGACCACAGCAGAGAUCCACAUUAGAUUGUAAUAUGCACCUCUCUCUCUCUCGAUAUACAUAUAUAUAGAACUCUGAACGAAACGUACAAUUAUUGAACUUCUUGAGAAAAAAAUUUCAAACUAGCGCUUCCAUAACCUAAACAAGAAAAAGAAAAAUAAGAAAUUGAAACAUAAUUUAACAUUGUUCUCGCCAGUUGCAGUUUGUCAAUGCAAAAUUUAAGAGUCUCUCGAUUAUAACGAUUUAUACGGCAUUAUGUUAACUAUACAUAUGUAUGUAUAUGUAUGUAUGUACACACACCAUCCAAAAGUUCCACACUCAACAAAAGCAAAAAGAAAAAACAAAUGUCAUAGUCACAGAAGAAAUUUAACUAAUGAUAAGCAAAUAAACAAUUUUCUAGUAAUUAAUUGUCGAAAAUAUAGCGAAAGUUACGUAAGAUAAUCAAGUUUGAGGCAAAUGAAAUAACGCAAUUUGUUAAACGGAACACACACAUUUUGAUGGGACUAACAAUCCUUCCGAUCCUUCGCACACACCCUCCUUCGUAACCAAAUACAACUUAUAUAUAGUUAUAGUAAAUAUAUAUAUAUAGUCAUAACAACUAUAUACAUAUGUAUAUUAAUUUGACAAAGUUAUGUCUGCAUAACUGCAGGGUUUCGCAAAACAAAUUUCAUGUCGAGAAUUGGAUCACAAUUUCGUGUUUAGUGUUUCCUUGAUGAAAGAUCUGUACGUGCUGCUUAUAUAUGUACAUAUAUAUAUUAAUAGAUAUAGUGCUAUAUAUCGGAAAUAAGCAAAAGUCCUCAUCUAAUUCGCAACAUUUUUUGCCGUUGCUGUUCUUUGAUGAUCUCAUGUCAAUUGUCAUAGGAGAAGCGUAAUUGUUUCAGUUGUUAAGUCUAGAAGUAAACAACACUCAGUUUUGGAAAUGCUCCAUAUACAUACCAUAUAUGCAGUAUUAGAUCGGAUAUGCAUAGCGAGAUAGCAGAACAUAUCGUUUAUACAAAGAAAUGUGCAUGGAAAUACAAAUCGAAGAAAUAAUAAUCGAAAUAAAUCCGAGUUGUAUAUGGCGGAGGGAGGCCUAUGGUUUAUGUAGUGCCCCCCUCCCCACCCAUUCUCAACUCCUCACCCCCGCACACACACUUACAAACAGAAUGAAACCAAGAAAAUGUAUUAAAAGUAAAACACAAACUAAAUCUGACAAUAGACAUUUAAGCUGGAAGAAAGCAACGAAAAAAACGAUGAAAAAAACAAAAUUGGGACAUUCCGCGUUGCAAUUUCGCGAUAUAAAUUUCGCCAAUUUCGUUGGUGAAACUGCAGAGUGGAACACGGGUCCUGUGUAAACAGUUAACUGCUGCUGCUGGAGAAAAUGCGAACAUAAAAUCGAACAAAUAAUUAAAUGUACUUAGCAAAUUCUAAAUAACAACAACAAUAGCGUACAUAAUGUAGUUAAAACAAACGAAAGUGAAGAAAACAAAAAAAUAAUAA